GACAUUCAGAGGCUAUUUCCCCCUUCCCCGCCGCUGGGAGGGACGCGGGGCCGAACCCUUUUCCUCUUCCCUUCCCAUUCCCGUUCCCGUUCCUCUUCCCCUUCCGCCUCCGCACUCCCGGUAACCCGUCCGCCGGCAGGACCCCGCGCGGGGCUGCCCUCCGCGCUGCCUAACCCCCGUCCCUCGGGGAGCGCCGCUCCGCGCCGCCCGCAGCCGCGGCUCCGCCGCCCUGAAGCGGCGCCGCUCCUCCCUUCGCGCCCGGGCGUGGCGGGGCGGGCGUGGAGGGCUCGGUCGGGGCAGUGCCGUGGGUCAGGCAGCGCGGCGGCGGCCCGGUCGCCGUGAGGGGAGAAGCGCUCGGGGGCCUCGGAGGGGCGGAGGAGAAGGAGGAGGCGGCGGCGGCGGCGGCGCCGGGCGGGCCCAUGUCGGCACCGGGCACAGGUUUGCCUGGGUAACACAAUGCCAGCUGAGCGCAAAAAGCCAGCAAAUAUGGAAGAAAAAGAAUCUCAGUUAAAUAAUAAAGAAAAAGAAUUUAGUGAAAGGCGACCAGUGAGCACCAGGGAGAAGCCAAAAGAAGAUGUGAAGGUUGGUAUGAAGAGAGAGACUUUAAAGGUUCCUGAAGAUAAAAAGAAAAAAAUGGAAGAGGAUAAAAGAAAGAAGGAAGACAAGGAGCGGAAGAAAAAAGAGGAGGAUAAAGUAAAGGCAGAAGAGGAGCAAAAGAAGAAAGAAGAAGAAGAAAAAAAGAAACUUGAAGAAGAGGAGAAAAAGAAACAAGAGGAGGAAGAAAAAAAGAAACAAGAAGAAGAAGCUGCUCAACUGAAGGAGAAGGAGGAAGCACAUCAGCUCCAUCAGGAGGCUUGGGAGCGCCAUCAGGCAAGAAAAGAGCUGCGCAGCAAAAACCAGAACGCACCGGAGAGUCGUCCGGAGGAAAACUUCUUCAGCAGACUGGACUCCAGUCUGAAGAAGAACACAGCUUUUGUUAAGAAGCUAAAAACCAUUACAGAGCAACAAAGGGACUCCUUGUCCCAUGACUUUAAUAGCCUGAAUUUAAGCAAAUACAUUGCAGAAGCAGUGGCUUCUAUUGUGGAGGCCAAACUGAAAAUAUCAGACGUGAACUGCGCUGUGCACUUGUGUUCCCUCUUUCACCAGCGAUACGCUGAUUUUGCUCCUUCGUUACUUCAGGCUUGGAAAAAACAUUUUGAAGCAAGGAAAGAAGAGAAGACUCCCAACAUUACCAAGUUAAGAACUGAUUUGCGUUUCAUUGCAGAAUUGACAAUAGUUGGGAUUUUCACUGACAAGGAAGGUUUGUCUUUAAUCUAUGAGCAGCUUAAAAAUAUUAUUAACGCUGACCGAGAAUCCCACACUCACGUUUCUGUGGUUAUCAGCUUUUGUCGACACUGUGGAGAUGACAUUGCUGGUUUGGUACCAAGGAAGGUAAAAACUGUUGCAGAGAAGUUUAACUUGAGCUUUCCUCCUAGUGAGAUAAUUAGCCCAGAGAAACAGCAGCCCUUCCAGAAUUUGUUGAAGGAGUACUUUACAUCUUUGACCAAACACCUGAAAAGGGACCACAGGGAGCUACAAAAUAUUGAAAGACAAAACAGACGCAUUCUGCACUCCAAAGGAGAGCUGAGUGAAGAUCGACACAAGCAGUAUGAGGAGUUUGCCAUGUCCUAUCAGAAGCUGUUGGCAAGUUCUCAGUCUCUGGCUGAUCUUUUGGAUGAGAACAUGCCUGACCUCCCCCAAGAGAAGCCAACACCUGAGGAACAUGGACCUGGUAUUGAUAUUUUCACACCAGGGAAGCCUGGAGAGUAUGACCUGGAGGGGGGUAUCUGGGAAGAUGAAGAUGCUAGAAACUUCUAUGAGAAUCUCAUUGACUUGAAGGCUUUUGUGCCAGCAAUUUUGUUUAAAGAUAAUGAAAAAUAUUCCCAGAGCAAGGAUUCCAGCAAAGAUGAAUCAAGAGAUUCAAAAGAUGCCAAAGAUAAUAAGGAAGCAGCUGGGAAUGAGGAUCUGGAAUUGGAGCUGGAGAACCUGGAUAUUAAUGAUGAUGCACUGGAGUUGGACUGUGGAGAUGAGGCAGAAGAUCUUACAAAGAAGCUUCUUGAUGAGCAAGAACAAGAAGAUGAAGAAGCCAGUACUGGAUCUCAUUUAAAACUCAUUGUAGAUGCUUUUCUUCAGCAGCUUCCAAACUGUGUCAACAGAGACCUCAUAGACAAGGCAGCAAUGGAUUUUUGCAUGAAUAUGAAUACAAAAGCCAACAGAAGAAAACUGGUACGAGCACUUUUCAUAGUUCCUAGACAAAGAUUGGAUUUGUUACCAUUUUAUGCAAGACUGGUUGCCACAUUGCAUCCCUGUAUGUCUGAUGUAGCAGAGGAUCUCUGUUCCAUGCUGAAAGGGGAUUUCAGGUUCCAUGUAAGAAAAAAGGACCAGAUCAACAUUGAAACAAAGAAUAAAACUGUGAGGUUUAUUGGUGAGCUCACCAAGUUUAAGAUGUUCUCCAAAAACGACACUCUGCACUGUUUAAAGAUGCUUCUGUCAGACUUCUCUCAUCACCACAUUGAAAUGGCUUGUACCUUGCUGGAAACCUGUGGAAGAUUCCUCUUCAGAUCACCAGAAUCUCACCUAAGAACCAGUGUUCUUUUGGAACAAAUGAUGAGGAAAAAACAAGCAAUGCAUCUUGAUGCACGCUAUGUUACAAUGGUAGAAAAUGCCUAUUACUACUGUAAUCCCCCUCCAGCUGAAAAAACUGUGAAGAAAAAACGUCCUCCUUUGCAGGAAUAUAUCCGUAAGCUUCUUUACAAGGAUCUCUCCAAGGUCACCACAGAGAAGGUCCUGAGACAGAUGCGCAAGCUGCCUUGGCAGGAUGCAGAAGUUAAGGACUAUGUUAUAUGCUGUAUGAUCAACAUCUGGAAUGUCAAAUAUAAUAGUAUUCACUGUGUAGCCAACCUCUUAGCAGGGUUGGUCCUUUACCAGGAAGAUGUGGGAAUUCAUGUUGUGGAUGGAGUGCUGGAGGAUAUUCGACUAGGAAUGGAGGUUAAUCAACCAAAGUUCAACCAACGGCGGAUCAGCAGUGCCAAGUUUUUGGGGGAGCUUUACAAUUAUCGAAUGGUGGAGUCAGCUGUAAUAUUUAGAACUCUGUAUUCCUUCACCUCUUUUGGUGUGAAUCCUGAUGGCAGUCCUAGUCCACUGGACCCUCCAGAACAUCUUUUCAGAAUCAGACUUGUCUGUACAAUCCUCGAUACCUGUGGGCAAUAUUUUGACAGAGGAUCCAGCAAGCGGAAACUUGAUUGCUUCCUUGUAUAUUUUCAGCGCUAUGUGUGGUGGAAAAAAAGUUUGGAUGUUUGGACAAAAGACCACCCUUUUCCUAUAGACAUAGACUAUAUGAUCAGUGAUACACUGGAACUGCUGAGACCAAAGAUAAAGCUCUGCAAUUCUCUGGAAGAAGCUGUCAGACAGGUGCAAGACUUGGAACGAGAAUUCUUAAUAAAAUUGGGAAUUGUGAAUGACAAAGAUUCCAAGGAUUCCAUUACAGAAGGAGAGAAUCUGGAAGAGGAUGAAGAAGAGGAGGAAGGUGGAGCAGAGACAGAAGAACAAUCUGGAAAUGAAAGUGAAGUAAAUGAACCUGAAGAAGAGGAGGGCUCUGACAAUGAGGAAGAAGAGGGUGAAGAAGAGGAGGAAGAGAACACUGAUUAUCUUACGGACUCCAAUAAGGAAAAUGAAACUGAUGAGGAGAAUACAGAAGUAAUGAUUAAAGGAGGAGGACUGAAGCACGUCCCUUGUGCAGAGGAUGAGGAUUUCAUUCAGGCCUUGGAUAAAAUGAUGCUGGAAAAUCUUCAGCAAAGGAGUGGUGAAUCUGUUAAAGUGCAUCAGUUGGAUGUUGCUAUUCCUCUGCAUCUCAAAAGUCAGCUGAAGAAGGGCCCCCCACUUGGUGGUGGGGAAGGAGAGUCAGAGUCUGGGGACACAAUGCCAUUUGUCAUGUUAACAAGAAAAGGCAACAAACAGCAGUUUAAGAUCCUAAAUGUACCAAUGUCUUCCCAACUUGCUGCAAACCAUUGGAACCAGCAGCAAGCAGAACAGGAGGAGAGAAUGAGGAUGAAAAAGCUCACUUUGGAUAUCAAUGAACGGCAGGAACAAGAGGACUACCAGGAAAUGUUGCAGUCUCUGGCACAGCGUCCAGCUCCAGCAAAUACUAAUCGUGAGCGGCGGCCUCGUUACCAGCAUCCGAAGGGAGCACCUAAUGCAGAUCUAAUCUUUAAAACCGGUGGGAGCUGCUGGACCAACACAAUUCAUACAUCACCUGUCAUGAAGUUGAUGCAUUGACAAUUCUGCUUUAUGAAGCUUUGAAUUCUCUUCUUACUGAGAUGAGCCUUUCAAACACAGCUAAGAAAUUCCAAACCCCAAAUUUUCAGCUGUUUCAUGGGAGGGAAGCAAAGGGAGGAAUAUGGGAGGGGAGCCCCAAAUCCUUCUGGUGGACUGCACUGGGGCUGAGCAAAUAAGAGUAGAAUAGAAAAGCCUCAGGUGCCUGCCUGGGCAGGGUGGUGCUUGUUGAGCUCUGCAGGCAGGGUGAGAGUCUAACCCAGACAGCAAAGCUGGAGAGACACCUGAUCACAGUUCAUUUCAGAGAGAUUAGAAGGCAAAAUUGUAUUUAUAAGCCAUGCUCAGUUAGAAAGACUCCUGUGUUUGAAAAAGGUUCUUUCAAUAUAAAUAAUAAUAACUGCCUACCAAAAAUCCCUGCAGCUCUGUGGCCCUCUGGAAACCAGCUACCAAUCCCCAAAAAAUGCCCAACCCACUGUGCACACUGACUUGGAUUUCACUUUGUCAGAGCAUUUUAUUUUUGAGGGAUAGAUAAGAAUACAAAAUAACUCCCAGAAGUUAAGAUUCUCUUACUUACUGGGAGUCCAGCUUGUGUGGUUUAUUUGAAUUUUGAUGUUCACAGUAUGGAAUGUGAUAAGUCAGAUGUGAUUGGUUUUUAAUGGGCACCUUGGUGUUUUCUGUUUCUUGUUUGUGGCUUUGGGUGAUUAGGAGAGAGAGAACAAAGAGCAUGGAAGCUGAGAUUAGCUGAGAAAAGCAAAGCAGGGAGAGAACUGGGAGAGGAGGUGUUUGGAGCUGGGAGUUUGUGAGAUUUGUGCAGAAAUGCAGCACUGCAGAAAUGCAGAGUGUUGUGGAUUGGAGGACAUGAGGGAUUAGGGAUCAGUGUGAAAUCCAAAUUCAGAGGUCUCACAUGUCAAGAAAUAAAGAGAUUUUUGUGAUCUUGUGAUGUCAGCAACAUGCAGAAAGGAGUUGAUUAUUGCCAUUCUCCUGGGCACUCCUCAGUUUAAGCUGGAAAGUUGUCCUGGCUGAGCUCUCCCAGCUUCACCCAUGCCAUGGCUUUGGGAUGAUUCCAUAGCUGUGGUGUGAUGUUUCUGUGUGUUUUCAUGGCUUCCAGCUUUCUGCCCUGUCACAGCAGGCAGUGCUAAUGCUCAGCAGUGGUGUCAGAAGCUGACUCUGAAUUUCAGUGGCAGGAAGGGAGAGUGGAGGAGACUGCCAUGAAUUGAUUUCUUUUACACAUAGAGCUCAAGAUGGUUUUAAUUACAUCUGUGUACUGAGUUUGGCCUUGCCAAAUACGAGUUUGGAUCAAGUUUACUAGGUUGGACACAAAUGUGAAAUACCUGGUUUGGGAGAAACUCCUACUGCUAUUUUUGGCAGCAGCAGGUUGCUGUGAUCCCCUGACACAGGGAUCUGCCCCCAGCAGAUGUGCUCUGGUAGCUGCUGGUUUGGGUGAGAGUCAUUUUGACCAAGCUGGAGACAUGCAGCCAGUCCCAGCCUUUUUCCUUCCCUCCCCAUCAGCAAUAGAGUUAUUUUUUAAUUAAUAAAAUUUAAUAAAUUUUAAGAGGAGAUGGAGAGUUAAAAGCAUGAUCCUGCAAUUCAGUGAUGUCUGCCCUCAGUUGUGACCUUCUGCAAGUGAGAUGUCAGUCUACUAAAUAAAUAAAAAUUCAAGUUUUUUUCUACUGAAAGCACAUAGCCAGUGUUCUGAUGUUGGGUGUGCCACAAAGAAUUGGAAUAUUAUGUUAUGUAACACUAACAGGUGGUUAAAACCAAAUAAUAGAAGCAGUGCUGUUCUAAUGAUGCAUCAGCUCAGGACUUCCUGGCAAAAAUACACAGCAUUUUUAUAGAAACAAAUCCUGGAUAGUAGAACAAAGCAAUGCAUGCAAAUACAGGAUUUGUGUGAAAGCUUCAUCUGGUACAAGAGGUGCAGAAGUUGCUAUGUCCAGAUAACAUAUCUGUAACAUUUUUCUUGCAAGAUCUUCAGUAAAAACUAGGUUUAGAUCAAAUGACUGUUCAACAAACACUGGAAGAUUAUGCACUGAUGUAAAGAAACAUGAAUUGUUGUGGUUACAUGGUAAAAAUUCUGGGUGUGUAGCCCUGGACCUUUCUUGGAAUUGUAAAUGUUGAAGUUUUAUUUUGAUGUCUAUUAUUAAUUUUAAUUUGCAACCUAAAAUCAGCUAAAAAGGAGCCCAGAUGGAAUAACUGCAUUGUGCUGAAGUGAGUGACACUGGGGUGGCCUUCCUGCUGCAUUGCCCUGGUCUUGUUGAAUCCCCUGCCUACAAACUGGUGUCAUUCUUCAAUGUCAUUCUUGUAUGUUCUUAAGAAAAUGAAUGUGACUUUUGGUCACGUUUUGGGAUGUGUUUCAUGGGCAAGAGAUGGUGGAAGAUUUAAAUGCACCAAUUGACUCUAAGAAAGGUUCUAACCAAUUAUUUGCCUCUAGAAAGCCCUUUGUAACAUUCCUGCAGAACUUCUAAGCAUUAAGAAACUGCACAAAAAGAUGAAAACUAUUUACAAUAACUUGUUUUUUCAGCAAAUUCACAGCUGUGCUUCAGUAGUUCAGCAUCUCAUCUGCGAUGAUAAGGUGCAUGUGAGAAACAGCUCCUCACUUUUCAUAGUUUAGGAAGGUUUAUUAAACCUUAUCAAAAAUACAACAGAAGACUGAAGAGAGAAAAAAGGGAGCAAAAGAUUUUCCUUGCCAUGUGCUCAACCCCCUCACAAUGGAGGUUUUCCAUUUUUAACCCCUUAACCCCUCCCAAAGUUCUGUCCUUCUUCGCUGUCCAGGGGUGGAGAUCUCUUCCUCAAACCCUGAUUGGAGGUCAGGUGUCACCACAGUGACAAGCCAGGUGACCCUUGGUAACCAUGUGAGGGGGUACAACAUAACUAUAAAUCUAUAAAACUUUUCUUAACCUGUGUCCAUGAUAUUUGUCUAUUAAUUGUGAGAGUCAAUCAUUGCAUUACUCAUCUAUCACAUGCAGAUUAUUCCCCUGCUUUUGUCUGGUGAAAUGGUUGUGCAGAAAAGAGCAAUAUGUGACUUUGAGGGUAAAAAAAGUAUCAGAAUGAGUGGCAGCUGCUCUUGGGGCCCCUCAGAUCAGGCUGAUGUGAUUCCUCU